CCCCGCCUGGUCCCGCCCCGCCGGGAGCCGGCCCCGCGGGAAGCGGCAGCGGGGCGCAGCCUCCGGCCACGGGCCGGGAAGGACAAGGAGGGUUCAGCCCCUUUCCCUCUCGGAAACCGACGGGCCCCAGCUCCGCGGCUGGAGCUGCGUGCCCGGGCCACCCCGCCAUGGCAUGGGGGCCGAUGCGGGUGCUGGCGCUUCUCCUGUGCCUGSUGCGGGCGGGCAGUGCCGCCCUCACGGCGCCCGCGGGCACCCGGCUUCUGCAGGACGGCGGCGGCCGGGAGCAGGGAGCGGCGGCGGCGGCUCUCCGGGAAAGCGCAAAAAGAAUUAGAUUAUUGAAUUCACCAUCAAAAGAUAAUACAACUGCUGUCUAUGGAAUAAAUCAGUUUUCUCACCUGUUUCCUGAAGAGUUCAAAGCUAUUUACUUAAGAAGCAUACCUCACAAAGUUCCCAGAUACAUAAAAGUGCCAAAGGGAAAUGAAAAACCGCUGCCAAAGAAGUUUGACUGGAGGGACAAGAAGGUCAUUGCAGCAGUGAGAAACCAGCAGACAUGUGGAGGCUGCUGGGCUUUCAGUGUUGUAGGUGGCAUAGAGUCUGCCUAUGCAAUUAAAAGAAACAACCUGGAAGAGCUCAGUGUGCAGCAAGUUAUUGACUGCUCAUACAAUAAUUAUGGUUGCAACGGGGGAUCCACUGUAAGCGCCUUGAGCUGGCUGAACCAGACAAAAGUAAAACUCGUGAGAGAUUCAGAAUACACUUUUAAAGCUCAGACAGGAYUGUGCCAUUACUUUGAUCACUCGGAUUUUGGAGUUUCAAUAACAGGAUUUGCUGCAUAUGACUUCAGUGGUCAAGAAGAGGAAAUGAUGAGGAUGCUUGUCAGCUGGGGCCCUUUGGCAGUGACAGUCGAUGCCGUUAGCUGGCAGGAUUAUCUUGGCGGAAUCAUCCAAUAUCACUGCUCCAGUGGAAGAGCAAACCAUGCUGUUCUUAUCACUGGUUUUGACACAACAGGUAGCAUCCCUUACUGGAUUGUACAGAAUUCUUGGGGGCCAACAUGGGGAAUAGAUGGAUAUGUUCGUGUUAAGAUAGGCAGCAACAUCUGUGGUAUAGCAGAUACAGUUUCAGCAGUAUUUGUUUGACAGUUUUCUGGACCUCUACAACUCAUCAAAGACCACAAGACCAUUUGGACAUGCACUCUGAAUGAGGUGUAAUUCAAAACAACGUUUUCUAAUAUAAGAAAUGGCUGUAAGGGUAAUUCCUUCAUCUCCUAGCUGGAGUUUUUAAAAAUGUUUUUAUUUGGAAUUUGUGU